UCACAGGAUGUAACGAAAGAAGGCAGGGAUGAGAAUGUUAAGGAUUGUGCUUAUUCCCAAGCAAGAAAUAUCUGAUUUGUUUUUGACCCUUUGCCUUCACCAGGACAUAGCAGAAGAUGAAGAAAAUGUAAGGAAAGUGAGUUCAUAUCUUACAAAUGUUGUGCUUCCAAAGUUUGUACAAGAUCUUUGCACGCUUGAAGUUUCACCUAUGGAUGGACAAACAUUAACUGAAGCGCUCCAUGCUCAUGGAAUUAAUGUUCGCUAUAUUGGAAAAGUGGCUGAUGGGACAAAACAUUUACCACAUUUGUGGGAUCUUUGUUCUAAUGAGAUUGUUGUUAGGUCUGCAAAGCACAUCCUCAAGGAUGUUUUGAGAGAUGUAGGGGAUCAUGAUAUUGCGCCAGCUAUAUCACAUUUCUUCAACUGCUUUUUUGGAAGUAUUCAAGCUGUUGGCUCAAAAGUUGUUGCCAAUAAUAUGCAGUCCAGAACCCACAAAAAGGACCAAGGAGGCCAUCAAUCUUCAGGAAAGCCUUCUAAGGGGCAAGGAAGGUUUAAUGGUGGGGCGUCUGCAAGGAUGAAUUAAUCGUCAUUUAUGAAUGUUAGCUCAGAAACUCUAUGGUCAGACAUACAAGAAUUUGCUAAACUCAAAUAUCAGGUAUCAGUUUUUAUCAAGUCUCUACAAGGACACUGG